UGUUUACACCGGAAGUCACGUGAGCACACCUACCGGUGACUCCAUGGCAACCGCUUGAGUUAACAUAGAUAAUGGCAGAGAUCAUCUGUACUAAGAAAUAAUUUUUGCAGAAAAUGUGUGAAGAGUUUGAGGCCGAACAGCACAGCGGUCCCAGCCCUGCGUGGACAGAGGCCAGCUCUGUGAGCACCCAGCUCUCCCGGCACAGCGUACUUAUGGAUGAUCUUCUCAGAGACUUUGAGCCCGAUGUUUGCUGUGCUCUCCCUGGAUACUCUGCAUUAGAAGGACCUCAUCCUUCACGGCAGAAUCGCCCCCCAACUGCUGAAACUACACCUUUUCCCCAAGUCCCUGAAAAUCCUGUCACGCGUUUCUUGGAGAAGAAAGUGUUUCCAGUGUUGGUACCUGGACUGGAGGCUUUGCUAAGAGAAGCCCAGAAAAAUGGCUGCUUUAAGAGGAAAAUAACAGCGUUUAACCCAUGUGACUUUCUGACUGAGUGGCUCUACAACCAUAACCCUCGCAGGAGUGGACAGGAACCAGUGAGCUUUCAUGACAUCCCCUUUGUCAAGGACUGGCUUGGGAUGCAUCCCAGGCCGCCCACUCCUCUGUUUCUGCGGCUCACUGAGUGCGAGGCUGCUCUGCUCAUCCAGGCUUUCUGGAGAGGAUACAAGAUCAGGGCACAGCCAGAUGUUCAGGAGAUGCGCCAGUGGCAGAAAAAACUGAGAGAGACCCGUGACAUUGGCAAAACUGUCAAGCAGUUCUGGGCGAAACAAGAGAGACGAGUGGGUUCGGCUAUGACAGAUCUUCCAGAAAGCCCCCAGCCUGGAAACAAUGUGUCCAUCCAGGUGGUUUCCCCCACUCCCCAGAGCACCGCGGUCCACACACCCACCACCCAUAUGAGCUCACAGCCUGGGUCUCCAUCGCUACUAGGAACUCACAACCUGAGCUACCCUGGUGGGACUUGGUAACUGGAAUCAUUAGCCUUGUGUAAAAGCUUUUUUUCUGCUGUUUAAACACUAUUAAACUCUGUUAGGCUGAUGUCAAAUUGACCUAAAGUGAUCAGUCAAACAAGCCCUGUUUAAGGAAAAAAAAGAAAAGAAUAAAAAAGAUGCCUGUAACCAAUUUGAUAUGGCCAGGCCAGGAUUUAUGGUCUGA